AUGAUCCAAGAUAUGCAUCAAUCGAUUGAAAUAAUAUAUUUGAUUUUAUCGCCGUUUUUCAAAUUAUUUAGACACAAGAAAAAAAAAACUUGCGCGUUCCACCCUCAUCGCCGCUACAACCUUUCAUCGGCGUUCAGCCUCCCGUCGCCGCCUCUCCCUCGCUGGUGCUCCGUCCCCCCGUCACACACCACAGGAAACAGUAAAAAAUGGAGAAAUUUCUGCGCUUUUCUUCCGGCAACAAUGGCGACUGAUUUCUGGACAUCCACACACUACAAACAGUUACUGGACCAAGAAGAUGUCGAUGUGGUGCACAGCCUUGACAAGGAGAGGGGAAUCACGCUUGAGGAUUUCAAACUCAUCAAGUUGCAUAUGACCAAUUAUAUUGUGCGAUUGGCUCAAAAUGUGAAAGUGAGGCAAAGGGUUGUAGCAACUGCUGUAACGUACAUGAGACGUGCUUAUACGAGGAGAAGUAUGGUGGAAUAUGAUCCACGUUUAGUGGCACCAACGUGUCUAUACUUGGCAUCAAAAGCAGAAGAAAGCACAGUGCAAGCAAGGCUUCUUGUAUUUUAUAUAAAAAAACUAUAUGCUGAUGAAAAGUAUCGAUAUGAGAUCAAAGAAAUCCUUGAAAUGGAAAUGAAAAUUUUAGAGGCACUAAAUUACUAUCUAGUUGUCUUCCAUCCUUAUCGUGCAUUGUCUCAGCUGCUUCAAGAUGCUGGGAUGAGUGAUGCAACUCAAAUGAUAUGGGGGCUAAUCAAUGACACAUAUAAAAUGGACCUAAUUCUGAUAUACCCACCACAUUUAAUUGCAUUAGCUUGCAUAUAUGUUGCAAGUAUGUUCAAAGAUAAAGACAACACAUCUUGGUUUGAACAGCUACGAGUUGACAUGAAUAUGGUGGAGAAAAUUGCAACGGAAAUACUAGAUUUUUAUGACUACCAUAAAACGAUAUCUGAGGAGAAAGUAAAUGCUGCCAUGCUAAAAUUAACGAUGCGGAUGUAGACUUAAUUAAUUAAUUAACUACUUAUUUAUCUGUAACAAAAUUAGGAUAGGGUUUUUAAGGGAUUGUAGAUUUGAAUGUAAUAUCAUGUGUUUAUAUGUUGCUUGAAGUUUAGUGAACAAUGUGACAAUAUUAGUGAUAAAAUUUAGUGUACCAUGUAUUGUAACAAUGUAUAAA